CCCCAGGAAGCCCCAGGAUCCUAGCACUACUAGGGGCACACUGAGCCCCUGAUGUUCCUAACCCUCUGCCAGCACCCCCUAGCCCCACAGAAGCAGCCAACAUGCCCAUCUCCAAGUGCUUGCAAAAGUCGGAGCCCCUGUGGAAGGGGUGGGACCGGAAAGCCCAGAAGAACGGCCUGAGGCACCAGGUGUACGCUAUCAGUGGUGACUGCUAUGUGGGCGAGUGGAAGGACAACAUGAAGCACGGAAAAGGAACACAGAUCUGGAAGAAGAAAGGAGCCAUCUAUGAGGGAGACUGGAAGUUUGGGAAGCGAGAUGGCUAUGGCACCCUCAGCUUUCCUGACCAAGAGAUGGGAAAGCCCAGGAAAGUAUACUCUGGCUGGUGGAAAGACGAUAAAAAAUCGGGCUAUGGGAUUCAGUUUUUCGGACCCAAGGAGUAUUACGAGGGUGAGUGGUGUGGCAACCUGCGCAGCGGAUGGGGCCGCAUGUACUACAGCAACGGCGACAUCUACGAGGGCCAGUGGUUGAACGACAAGCCGCAUGGGGAGGGCAUGCUGCGUCAGAAGAAUGGGAACUGCUACGAGGGCUACUGGCAGAGAGGCAUGAAGAAUGGGUCCGGCCGUUUUUUCCACCUGGACCACGGUCAGCUGUUUGAAGGCUUCUGGGUGGACAACGUGGCCAAGUGUGGCACAAUGAUUGACUUUGGACGCGAUGAGGCCCCUGAGCCCACCCAGUUCCCCAUUCCUAAGAUCAAAAUUCUAGACCCUGAUGGCGUGCUAGAGGAAGCCUUGGCCAUGUUCAAGAAGACAGAGGAAGAUUGAUGCCAGGUGAGGGGCAGGCAUG